AUGUGUCCCAGGCCGGCGACGUCUCCGGCCGACAUCCCGCCCUCCCGCAUGGAGAUGACCUCGUCCCGUCCCCACACCCCGCGCCAUGGCGACGAGGACGAGGACGACCCUUCGCCUCCCGAGUCGCGCGCGUCCCCGUCCUUUUCGUUCCACGAGGAGAAGCGCAUGCUCAAGUCGGACGAGUACUUUUUGAGCCACAAGCUCGCACGUCUCCCGCCCGCGGCGCUGUCCAUCUCCACGUCGCCCAGCGCGUCGAUGUACCUCGACCCCUUGGCGUCUCCGUCGUACACAAUGAAUCAGCACCGUCCCCUCCAGCUUGAUGAGGAGGAGGAGGCGUAUGCGGCCAAGGACGAUGAGGAGCCCGAGUCCUCCUCGCAGGCUUUCCCCGGAAAGAGGCGGAGCACGAUGCUGUCCCCGUCCGGCGUCGAGAACGGUGACUUGGACCCGGCUGGGAUCUUGAUUCACCGUGUUGAGCGCGACAAGGACGAGCGCCUUGACCUCGAGGAGGAGAAGCGCGAGAGGGCCAUUGAUGGCAUGUCGCCGAUUCCGCUCGAAAAUGACCGCGUCAAUAACCCGCAAUUUGACACUGUCAAGGCGUUUGCCGAGUCAGGUGUCGGCAGUGAACUCGAGGCGCUUUACGCCGCCUUCUCCAAGUGUCUCGAGCUGCGUGACAAGUACAUUGAGCUCUCUGGCCAGCGCCUCGGUGACAACCCGCGCGACCAUGACGGUACCUUUAACGGCUUUGUGCGCGGCACCGGCGACGUCAUGGGCUGCAAGCCCGACAUGGACCCCAACACCACCCAGCUCCCCUCGGACCCCAAGGACAAACGGUGGCAGAUGAACCCUCCUCCCCCGCCUCCACACUGGAAGUGGACUGCGGCAGCCGACGGACCUGUUGUCGAGCAGAAUGUGCCUGCCGUCAAGACACUGGGCGGUAUCCCCGACGUGGUUCGUCGCGGGUCGCAGACGGCCUUGGACCGCUUCUCGCGCAAGGACUGUGAUGUCCCUGGCCCCGAGGUGGCGAGCAACCGGUGCCGCUUCGAACUCAAUGACGAAGGUGUCUUCAUGGUCUACCCCAUCAACCAGGAGGAGGUCGACACCAGCACCAAGGCUGAGGUGGACGCCAACGGCAAUGACGUCAAGCCAGCGCCCAAGCCGCUCUCCCGCGUGCCCCGUCUCAAGGAGUACUACUCGGACCUCGAGUACCUCCUGGACGUGUGCUCUGAUGGCCCAGCAAAGUCGUUUGCGUUCCGCCGUCUCAAGUACCUCUCGUCCAAGUGGACCCUCUACACUCUGCUCAACGAAUACCAGGAGCUGGCCGACAUGAAGGCUGUGCCGCACCGUGACUUUUACAACGUCCGCAAGGUCGACACUCACAUUCACCACUCGGCGUCCAUGAACCAAAAGCAUUUGCUCCGUUUCAUCAAGAGCAAGCUCCGCAAGUCGCCCAACGAGACCGUCAUCCACCGUGACGGCAAGGACCUGACCCUCGCCGAGGUGUUCGAGUCGCUCAACCUCACGGCCUACGACCUCUCGAUCGAUACCCUCGACAUGCACGCGCACCAAGAGUUCCACCGUUUCGACCGCUUCAACAACCGUUACAACCCCACGGGAUCGUCGCGUCUGCGUGAAAUCUUCCUCAAGACCGACAACCUCCUGCAGGGCAAGUACCUGGCAGAGUUGACCCAGGAACUCAUCACCGACAUGGAGCAGAGCAAGUACCAGAACGUCGAGUGGCGUCUCUCGAUCUACGGUCGCAACAUGAACGAGUGGGACAAGCUCGCCAAAUGGGUCAUCAACAACGAGCUCGUCUCGCACAAUGUCCGCUGGCUCAUCCAGGUGCCCCGUCUUUACGAAGUGUUCAAGGGUGGCGGUCUUGUCAACAACUUUGAGGACAUUGUCAAGAACGUCUUCCAGCCUCUCUUCGAGGUCACGGCCGACCCGACGUCGCACCCGGAGCUGCACAUUUUCCUGCAGCGCGUGAUCGGCUUCGAUUCCGUCGACGACGAGUCCAAGCCCGAACGCCGCCUGUACCGCAAGUUCCCCACGGCCCAGAUGUGGGACACAAAGCAGUCGCCGCCAUACUCGUACUGGAUCUACUACAUGUACGCCAACAUUGCGUCGCUCAACUCGUGGCGCAGGAAGCGUGGAUUCAGCACGUUUGUCCUUCGCCCCCACUGCGGUGAGGCCGGUGACCCGGACCACUUGUCCAGUGCCUUCCUCACGUCCCACUCGAUCUCGCACGGUAUCCUCCUCCGCAAGGUCCCGGCACUCCAGUACCUGUUCUACCUCAAGCAGAUCGGUCUGGCCAUGUCGCCGCUCAGUAACAACGCCCUGUUCCUGACGUACGAGCGCAACCCCUUCAAGGACUUUUUCAAGGUCGGCAUGAACGUCUCGCUGUCCACGGACGACCCCUUGCAGUUCCACUUCACCGCCCAGCACCUGCUGGAGGAAUUCUCGUGCGCGACGCAGAUCUACAAGCUCACCGCGGCGGACAUGUGCGAGCUGGCGCGCAACAGUGUCGUGCAGUCUGGAUGGGAGAUGCAGGUCAAGAAGCACUGGAUCGGCUCGCGCUGGUUCCUGCCCGGUGCGGCCGGAAACGACAUUCACAAGACGAACGUGCCCAACAUCCGUCUCGCGUACCGCCACGCCACGCUCCUGGAGGAACUCACGCUAAUCCAGCACGGCCGCAUGACGCCCUCGCACACUCCCGGACCCAUGACGCCCGUCAACCCCGCGGCGCCACCCAGCCCCGGUGCCGGUCCCGCUGCUGCUCCUCCCGCGGCCGUCGCCAACGGGUCCCCCUCCGCCGUCGCCGCCGCGGCCAUCGCGCAGACAAAGGCCAUGUUCGACGGCGCACACCCCGAGCUUGGGCCCGGCGCGUCCGUCCUGCACAACCGCCACAGGAAGCGCAGCCAGAGCAACCUCCAGGCCAACAGGCCAUCGGGCCCCAGCGGCCUGCACAUGACUCGCCCGCAGGACGGCGACAGCGCCGAGGACAGUGCUGUCGACACCGCCAACGGUGCGGCCUAA